AGCUGCGCGCCGGGCGCUCCAUGGCCGCGGCCGCCCCGGGCAUCUCUAUGGCAGCGGGUGCUGCCCGGGCCCGGCGGUGGGAGGAUGCCCCUAGCUGCCUACUGCUUCCUGCGGGCCGUGGGCAAGGGCAGCUACGGGGAGGUGAGCCUGGCGCGGCACCGCCAGGACCGCAAGCAGUAUGUCAUCAAAAAGUUAAACCUUAGAAGUGCUUCCAGCCGUGAGAGGAGAGCAGCAGAGCAAGAGGCACAGCUUCUGUCCCAGCUGAGACACCCCAACAUUGUCACCUACAGAGAGUCCUGGCAGGGGGAUGAUGGCCACCUCUACAUUGUGAUGGGCUUCUGCGAGGGAGGAGACCUCUACCACAAACUCAAGGAGCAGAAGGGAAAACUCUUGCCUGAGAAUCAGGUGGUGGAGUGGUUUGUCCAGAUUGCCAUGGCACUGCAGUAUUUACAUGAAAAGCACAUUCUACACAGAGAUCUUAAAACUCAGAAUAUUUUCCUGACACGAACAAAUAUAAUCAAAGUGGGAGACCUGGGAAUAGCCAGAGUGUUGGAAAACCAAUAUGACAUGGCCAACACACUCAUAGGCACCCCAUACUACAUGAGCCCUGAACUCUUCUCUAACAAACCCUACAACUACAAGUCUGAUGUUUGGGCCUUGGGCUGCUGUGUUUAUGAGAUGGCAACGCUGAAACACGCCUUCAAUGCCAAGGACAUGAACUCCUUGGCUUACCGAAUUAUUGAAGGGAAGCUGCCACCCAUGCCAAAGGAUUACAGCCCACAGCUGGUAGAAAUAAUACAAACUAUGCUCAAUAAAAAACCUGAGGAAAGACCUAGUGUGAAAAGCAUCCUGCGACAGCCAUAUAUUAAACAACAGAUUUCUUUGUUUCUGGAAGCCACAAAAGUGAAAGCUGCUAGAAAUCAUAAGAAAACAGUGAAUUCUAAGCCUAAAGACCCUUGUUCUGCCGUCUCAGCAAAGAAUGAAUCUCACAGCAGGAAUGUUACACACCAAAACCACUCCUCUGAGCAAGCUAGAAAAUACAAAGUUGAUGAAGAAGAUUGUGUCACCAAAUGUAAAGCCACCAAAUUUUGUCCCUCAGAGAAACCAGCUGUUGAGUUGGAAAGAAAACCAAGCAAAAAUGAUCUGACCAGCUUGGGAGACUCCAUAGCUACCAUCAGUGGAGUGAACAUUGAUGUCUCCAUGUCAGAGAGGAUGAAGUGUGGAAGGGAGAAGCGUGGCAGUGAGAGUAUUCCAGAGAAUAAUAAAGCAAAGCAUUUACAUGUUCCAGGCCAUUCUAAAAUAACAUCUAAUAACCCACCAAUUAAGGAAGAUGGACAACAGCAAAGAGCAAAACAGGCUUUUAAAGCUGAAAGUAUUGAGUCUCAGCCAUCUUCUGUUGAUUCAGUAGAAGAUGAUGAUGACACUUUGAAACUACUGCAGCCUGUAUCAAAAGACCAAAAGCAAACUGAGCUGAGCUUGGAUUCUACUGAAAAGCUGCUAGCACCCUUUGUUCCUGCUGUAAUUCAAGAUGAUGUCAGUCAUGGAGCUUCAGGAGAUGUUCAGGGAAAAAUGACCUUCCACAUACAGCCUCACAGCUCUGUCAAUGAACCCUCUCUCUCACAGCAGCAGCAGCAGAAGAGAGAACUUGCUGAAGGCUGCUCAGAGAAGUUCAGAGCAGUUUCUCCUCGGCCUCUACCUGUUCCUUCUGAUGUGACCGCAAAGACAGCCCAGAGGGGUACAGAGCACCCUGAGCCUGCAGAUAGUGCCAAAUCCAGCCAAGCAGCCAUUCCAAAGGAGCGGCCCUUGUCAGCAAGAGAACGGAGGAGGCUGAAACAGUCUCGGGAGAUGCUUCCCUCUGUGGUUCCAGCGAGACAGGCAUUAAAUGGUGCAGUAGUUGAAGCGAAGUCACUUGUGGAAAAUUGUGUUAAAGUUCCUCAGUCUUCAUCAGAUCCCAGUAUUUCUCAGAGAAAGAGAGAAGCCCAUUGCCUGUCUGAUGAUGAGCUAAGCUCUUCCACAAGUUCUACAGACAAGUCUGAUGGUGAUUCCAAGGAGAAGAAAAGCAGUGUGAAUGAAAUGAAUGACUUAGUGCAGCUGAUGACAUGGACACUGAAAAUGGACUCCAAGGAGAACUCUGAGUGCUGUGUAACCUCAACCCCAGCCCCAGAGUUUAAACUUCAUAGAAAAUAUCGAGACACUUUGAUUUUGCAUGGAAAGUCACCUGAUGAAUCAGAGGAAUUAAAAAUGGAAGAGAUUCCUUCAGAUAUGUUAUUGGUCCCUUACAAGAUUAGGAGAAUGGUUGAAAUCCUGAGAUCUGAUGUGGUGCAAGGAUUGGGAGUGAAACUUCUUGAGAAGGUGUACAGAAUCAUGGAAGAAGAUGAUGAAGCAAAAAGAGAGCUGCAGUUGCGGGAGCACAUGGGAGACAAGUACGGAAGUUACAGUGCAAAGGCUCGGCACCUGAAAUUCCUUGAAGAAAAUGUGAAGCUCUGACCAGAAUCUUUUUCUUGGAGAAAAGAACUGUUUUCUAGCUCCUUUGAUAGACUGGAUCAGCUUACAAAGCACAUUUAUCCAUUGAUCUCCUUUGCUGGAAUAAGGAGGUGAACUUGCAGAAAAUGUUACAGUUUGUAGUAAUAUUUUUAAUGUUAAAAUGUGAACCAGGCUAUCAGUUUCUCAGAAGAGAAGCUGUUUAGUUUAGUUUUUAGUCCCUUAAAAAGUUGCUUUUCAUAGAUGCAAAUAGGGCUGGAUACCAAGUUUUGUAUACUAAGGAGUGUCAAAAAAAUUAUGUUCUGGUUUGAAUUUGUGAUAGCAAAAAAAGGUUUUUGGUGUGGGGUUCUCAUACUAAGUACAAAACAAAAUCUUUGCCAAGGCUCUGAUGUGGUAAACUAUAAUCUAUUACAUCAGAUUGUUCUCAAAAAUUAGCAUGAAGAGACAAUUACUAAUUUUUGUGGAACUCAAGGUCUUUAGGUUGUGUAAAUUGCCAAGUCCAAGUGCUGAAGGGGGCAGCUGUACUGCCUGUAGAGAGACUUUGUUCUUGUGUUUUGUUGCUGAGACAGUCACCAAGGUGGAGGAAAGCAUUUGGUAACUGGAUAAAAUAAGUCUGAAAAUGUCUGAAAGGAAUGCAGCCAUGGUUACUAUGGUCCCAGCUGGAGAAAUCCCUUUGCCUUACAAAUACUAAUUCCUUUUAGGAAUGAAAGUGCCCAAGACCAGAAUCACUUAGGGAAAAUAUAAAAUACUUAUUUCUCUUUGCAUCCAGAGUGUCUUGCUACAGCCCCCAGACAUUGUUGUGUACCAUCUGUUUUCCCACAGGAAAAGCACAUGUUUUUUAAAUAAUAAAGAAGUCAAAGGGAAUUGAAUUUGUAAAAUAAAAUUAUAAAUUAACAACCUGUGUAUUUUCCUGCCUGUAGCUAAAAUACUGUAACCUCCAGCAGCUCUGAGGGAGCAUUCUGACAUGACAGUAGUAAAAUAAAAUGCCUUUACCUAUG